AAUCAACCAGUCCUAUAGAGGAUAGGCGACAAGAGAUGGAAACAAGACGGUCAAAAUUACAUAUUCUUUCCUUCACCCGCCGUCUGAGGCUACCAAUAUCAAUAGACACAGCGAAGGAGGCGGCUGCGGCUCUGUUGCUAUAUUCUUUUUCCCGUUUCCGAAACCCACUCUCUAAAAUCAUCGACUUCUUCUACUUUCCCUUCAUUUUCCAGUGGAUUUUCCUCGUGGGUAUUGAUGAAAUGUACUUCAAAUUCAAUGAGCUCGCAUUGGAGUGCAUCAAAAUGGAUUAGUAGAGUCGAUACUGGAGUUGGGUUUUGAUUUUUUCUCUAUCUCGGACAUGUCUGUUAAAUCUGCUUCUCUUUCUUGCUCGGUUCCUUCUCUAUCUUCAACCUCUGACCGCCGGAGGAGCUUUCAGCUGAGCUUUUCACGAGGAUUAUAUGACAUUGACAGCCAACAACGUAGUUUCCAGAGGUUAACGUUUGCUAAAGCUGAAUCCUUCAAGUUAAUGUAUGGAUUGCUGAGGUCUUGGAGAAGAUUUCCAAGGCAAAACGUUCUGUCUGCUAUUUCAGAAGACCAGUCUGAAUGCAGGGAGCAAAGUGAGCUAGAGCAAGUAAAUCAGCAUCCUACUAAUGAAGAUAUCUCCCUCGAAAAUGAUUCAUUUUUACUCUAUGAGGGUACUGGUGGGAAACCAGGUUUUAUCUCUUUUUACAACCAUUAUAAAGAAGGAAAUCGGAUUCCUUUGUCUAGCGUGCAAAGCAAUCAAUACAAAUUCUUAUGGUUUGUUGGUCCGGCUGUCCUCGUAGCUUCUUUCAUUUUCCCCUCUCUUUAUCUGCGGAAACUACUUUCAAAUAUCUUUGAGGACUCUCUGUUGACAGACUUCCUAAUAUUGUUCUUCACGGAAGUGCUAUUCUAUUGUGGUGUUGCGGUGUUUCUUUUUCUAAUAGACCGUUCAAGGAGGCCUACUGAACCUGAUACUAUGAAAACCAGUUAUCAAACCCUGUCUAAUCAAUUUGGACAGAGGAUCUCUUCUGUAGCUACCUUAGCACUCAGUUUAAUAAUACCAAUGGUCACUAUGGGAUUAGUGUGGCCAUGGACGGGCCCUGCAGCAUCUGCAACACUUGCACCUUACCUUGUUGGCAUUGUUGUCCAAUUUGCAUUUGAACAGUAUGCACGGCGCAAGAAAUCACCUUCAUGGCCUGUUAUUCCAAUUGUCUUUCAAGUUUAUAGAUUGCAUCAACUUAAUAGAGCAGCACAACUGGUGACAGCACUUUCAUUUACCAUAAAAGGAGCUGAAAUGACUCCAAAUAACUUGGCAAUAAACAGCUCUCUGGGUACACUGUUGAAUGUUCUUCAAUGUCUCGGGAUUAUCUGUAUCUGGUCUCUCUCAAGCUUCCUUAUGAGGUUUUUCCCGUCAAAUGUUGCAACAGUGCAUUAAAGUGCAAAACAAGUUCUAAAGGGCCAAAGUGCAGUGAACUAAAUAAAUUAUGGACCUGAUUUUUUGUGUUUGUCUUCUGCUACAUUGCAGUUGAUCAAUAGAACGUCCAUUGGAACGUAUUGCUAUCUAACAGCAAGUUGAAAUGGUUAUAUGGGAAUUUGUGGAUGAUGACAUGAUGAAGGCAGAAUGAAGUAUUGAAGAAGAUGGUGAUUGUUCCUGUAACUUUUUAUUUUUUUUUUUUCGUUUGAAUGAAUUUCUUAGAAGAGGGAAGUCAUUUACUACUCUCUUCUCUUCUUCAUUCAAGCUGCUGUUGGAACAGCUCACAAGACUUCAUAUUUCUGUAACUGUUUUAGGAAAUUUUUGGAACAGACGAUAGUGACUAUCUGAAUUACAUUCAGGCAUCUAAUAGAUUGAAAGCUGCCUCUGUUACUUGUAAAUGCAGCAAGUUUGCUGGGUUCUCACUCCCUUUUUUUAAAUGGAGCUGAGUUAACUUGUCAUUGCCAUAUAAUUGUGAACUUUGAUUUGUUUA